AUGCCUUUUUAUUGCUCGAAUUCUACCUAUGUUAUCUAUUGGUGUCAAUAUAUAAAUUUUAGCGGUGCUACAGAAGGUACAGUCGUACAAGUGUAUCACAUUGUAACAACCAAUGAUGCACUAUCAAAAUUAAAUACAGUUCCAUUAGGUCAACCGAUGCCUUAUUUUCGAUGUCAUACAUUGGAUAAAUUUCUACAAAUUAUACCAAUUAGAUACAUAGGUGAACUUUUUAUAAGUGGACCUAUUAUGAAUGGUUACUUAAACAGACCUGCUCUUAAUAAUAAAGCAUUAGUUCAACUUCCAGAUGAAUUUGAUAAAAGUUAUAGAACAGGUGAUUUAGCUCGAUUAAUACCUUCAACUGGUAAAAUUCAAUUAUUGGGUUGUAAUGAUUUUCAAGUGAAAGUAAAUGGACAACGAAUAAAAUUAGAAGAAAUUCAAGCAGUUAUUUAUCAAUCUAAUUCAUCUAUUUCUAAUUGUGCUGUUAUUAAAGUUGUAGAACGUGGACGAGACCAUUUGAUUGCAUAUAUACAAUUAAAUAAAGCAUCUACAUCAGCAGUUCCAUUUGAUGAAAAAUUAAUUCAUACUAAUUGUCAAGAUCAUUUACCACAAUAUACGAUUCCAUCUUUUUUUAUUGUAGUUGAUCAAUUACCAUUUAAUUCUAACGGAAAACUGGAUAAAACAAUACUUCCUAAACCUAAUCUAUCAUCAUUACUUUUCCCAAUAAAUAAUGAUGAAACUUCUGAUGAUCAAGAAAAUCAAAGAUCAAUGACAAAUGAACAACAACUUACACAUGAUCUUUAG